UUCGAGUCUCCCUUUCGCAACUCAGACGUCGCUGGUCGCACACGUAUUAGCGCUGGAACUCCUCAAAAACAUCAACGACCAUCAAAGUAAACAAUGGCGACAAAAGUUCCAGCAGUUGGUAUUGAUCUCGGGACCACCUAUUCCUGUGUGGGGGUCUUCCAAUACGGCAAGGUCGAGAUCAUAGCCAACGACCAGGGCAACAGAACCACACCCAGCUAUGUGGCCUUCAGUGACCAAGAGCGUCUCAUCGGAGAUGCCGCCAAGAACCAAGUGGCCAUGAACCCGUCCAACACAAUCUUCGAUGCAAAGCGCCUCAUCGGCCGAAAGUUCACCGACGACACUGUCCGGAGUGACAUGAAACUCUGGCCCUUCGACGUUGUGAACGAUGGCGGCCGGCCAAAGGUCAAGGUUGAUUACAAGGGUGAAACAAAGACCUUCUUCCCUGAGGAGAUUUCCAGCAUGGUCCUCACUAAGAUGAAGGAGACGGCCGAAGCUUACCUUGGCACGAAAGUAAAAGAUGCGGUAGUGACCGUCCCCGCCUAUUUCAAUGACUCUCAGAGGCAGGCGACAAAGGAUGCUGGUCUCAUUGCCGGCAUGAACGUCAUGAGAAUCAUUAAUGAACCGACUGCCGCCGCCAUUGCCUAUGGUUUGGACAAAAAGUCAGCUGUUGAGAACAACGUGCUCAUCUUCGACCUGGGUGGCGGGACCUUCGAUGUGUCAAUCCUGACCAUAGAAGACGGUAUCUUCGAGGUGAAGUCCACCGCCGGCGAUACUCAUUUGGGUGGAGAGGACUUCGACAACGUCAUGGUCGACCAUUUUGUCAAGCAAUUCAAGAUGAAACACAAGAAGGACAUCACUUCUAAUAAGCGAGCUCUGCGACGACUCCGUACCACAUGUGAGCGCGCCAAGAGGACUCUGUCGGCCGGACAACAAGCGUCCAUCGAGAUUGAUGCCCUCUUUGAGGGGAUUGAUUUCUAUACCAACAUCACCCGAGCAAAAUUCGAAGAUAUCAACAAGGAAUACUUCCGUGCCACAUUGAAGCCGGUAGAGGACGCCCUUGUUGGCGCCAAAAAGGGAAAGAGUGACAUUGAUGAGAUCGUGUUGGUGGGAGGCUCCACAAGGAUCCCCAAGAUCCAGGAACUCCUCAAGAACUUCUUCAACGGAAAGGAACUCAACAAGUCCAUUAACCCGGACGAGGCAGUGGCGUAUGGCGCAGCUGUGCAGGCCGCUAUCCUUACCGGAGACCAAGACCAGGCUGUGCAAGACGUGUUGCUGCUGGAUGUCACCCCUCUCUCCCUGGGACUCGAGACUGCUGGAGGAGUCAUGACCGCUCUUGUGAAGCGUAAUACAACCAUCCCUACAAAGCAAACGCAAAAGUUCACCACUUACUCCGACAACCAACCUGGUGUGUUGAUCCAAGUAUUCGAGGGAGAGCGCGCAAUGACCAAGGAUAACAAUUUACUUGGAAAGUUCGAGCUGUCCGGCAUUCCACCAGCACCACGUGGUGUCCCACAGAUUGAGGUGACAUUUGACCUUGACGCUAAUGGUAUUCUCAAUGUUAACGCCGUCGAUUCGAGCACUGGUAAAUCGAACAAGAUUACUAUCACCAACGACAAGGGUCGUCUGACUAAAGAGCAGAUUGAGCAAAUGGUGAAUGAUGCCGAAAAGUACAAAGAGGCCGACAGUGAGCAGAGGAACAGAGUCCAAGCCAAGAAUGAUCUUGAAGGCUACCUCCAUCAAAUGAAGAGCACAGUUGAAGAUGACAAGAUUAAGGACAAGAUCUCGGAAGAAGACAAAGAAACCAUUGUUUCCAAAUGCAAAGAAGGCUUCGAUUGGUUGGAUGCUAACCAGACUGCAACUAAAGAAGAAUUCGAAGCAAAGCAGAAAGAUAUCGAAACUGUUUGCGCUCCCGUUAUUACAAAGAUGUACCAAGCGGCCGGUGGCGCUCCACCUCCAUCAGGAGGUAUGCCGAGUGCUGCACCAACAGCUCCCGGAGGCCAGGGACCAACCAUUGAGGAGGUCGACUAAACGACAACGAAACGGCUGCACGGCUGCCAUCUGCAAUCAAGCAACUGUGCCAGUUCUCAAUUUGUCACUUUUAACUUUGGUAAACUGCAUUGAAGUACAUUCAUUCAAUGAGCACCCUGCUGCGGCUGAAAGUAAAACUAGUUCAAUUCCUUAUUCCGGUUGGUCUGACAAUUUAUACAUCAAUGUUGUUGUCGUCAGUGUUGUUUCAGCCUCAUCCCAAGCCAUUGUGCGCCAAUUCCUGACGCGAGGUUUUAGAUAGUAGCUACGUUCAGACGUCGACCACCAAAAUAUCACGAGAUCUCGCAAGGAGGUGCGUGGUUUACCAGGCUAAGUGUUGUUAUUUUUGGAGGCCCAACCGGAAACAGGAAUUUGAAUGUUGCGUCUCUUUUCCAGCCGUAGCAUACAGGAGGGUAAUCAUUAAGAUAUUGAAGGAAUGCCAAUGGAAUCCACUUUUUAGGUCUGAUGAUUUAUGUUGUAUGUUUUCGCUGGAGCCUUCAUUAUUUGUCGGAAUCACUUUGUAUACUUUACUGCUAAUGGCUAAUGUAUUUUUAAGAUUAAACGUUGAUACUGUAAACUCGCCAACGUACCGCACCAUCCAAUAAAGCAAUGUUGUUUACCA